AUGCCGUUCAUACAGCGCGGCCCGACACACGACAUACCGUUCAUCGAGAUUCGGUUGGACGAAGACGUGGUGGUGUUCCGCGGUCUUGCCGAGGAGAGUAAUGGCGCCAUGCUCAAGGGACUCGUCGCCCUGUGCAUUCGCGACUCGGUUGCGAUCCGAGGGAUAUCGCUGGUGCUGCAGGGUGUGAGGAGGUUACAUUGGAGUGAGAGGCAACCGCCGCCCGUCGCUGGCCUCAUGUCGAAUCCGUCGCGGACGAUAAAACACGAGGAGGUCUUUUACGAGAAGAAGUGGAACUUCCUGGAGAGCAACGGACACACGAACUUCACCGUCAUGCCCGGCAACUACGAGUAUCCGUUUCAGCUGCCUCUUGCGGGCGAGCUGCCCGAGAGUGUCGAGGGACUGGGGAGCACGCAUGUCGUCUACAGACUCAAGGCGAGGAUCUCGAGGGGAAAGUUUAGUCACGAUAUCACGGCGAAGAAGCAUCUGAGGAUCAUUCGCACCCUCGGACCGAACUCGCUGGAGCUCACCCAGACCAUGUCGGUCGAGAACCUGUGGCCGGAGAAGGUCCAGUACUCGAUCAGCAUACCCAGCAAAGCCGUCGUCUUUGGCACGUGCAUACCGGUCGAUAUCGUGCUGGUGCCGCUGCUGAAGGGACUCACCAUCGGCAAGGUGGUCUGCGCGCUCAAGGAAAUCCACACUCUCACAUGUGCGCCGAAAACGAGUCAGAAGGUCGACACGCGCCACAUCGUCACCCAAACCUUCGACUCGGGAGCGAUGGAGGAGGACAGCGAGGAGGAGCUCGGCAAGUGGGUCAUGCACGACCGCAUAGUGCUGCCAAAGAGCCUGAACGCCUGCGUGCAGGAUUGCGAGGUGCCGUCGAUCAAGAUUAGACACAAGCUCAAGUUCACAAUACAGCUGCACAACCCCGACGGGCACAUGUCAGAGCUGCGCGCCUCGCUGCCGGUCAUGCUGUUCAUCUCGCCCAAUUACCUCAUGGACGACACGAACCGGAUUCCGUCGGAUGCGCCGGAGACGAGCACGGACACGCUGGCCAACGCCCCCCCUCGCUACGACGAACACUACCUCGACCGCCUGUAUGAGAACGUGCGGCACGAUUCCUUCGACACGCCGCUCCCAUCCGGCGCCAACACACCCAUGCCGCUCUCGCGCAACCCGUCCUCCGACAACCUCGGCUCCCUGGUCGGCGGACACGUGGAGCCGAUCCGGCUCCCGGACGCCUCCUCGCGCCGGUGGACAGUAGGCAGCAGCGCCAGCGAUCGCGGCCCCCCCUCAGACGCGGACACCUCCACGCCGCAGUCCCGCACGCCCACGCCGCCCCUCCUCGCCCCCCCGGCGAUGGAGGACCUCUCCCGCGUCCCCAGCUACACCACCGCCGUGCGCACGGGAACCAGGAACCUCUGCACCGAGUCCACCCUGCCGCUCUAUGACCAGUGCGAUGCCACCCCCCACGCUAUGAGCGUUCGCAGCGCUCCCGCUAGCCCGCAGAACUCCCCGCCGGGGAUGGGUCACAUGUUCUCGUCCCGCCCGAGAAUGAUGGCGAGGAAUACUACUGGCGAUUUGAGCAGUACCAGCGCCGGUGGCAUCCAGAGACGCAGCCAUAGUAGUCAUCAUCUACAUAGUCUGGGGAAUCUGCUCGAGGGGCUGAGGGGGUAG